AUGCAAGGUAUUGUUUGGGAACAGUUAGACGCUGCUACAAUGUCGCGCUUCAGUGUAGAACUUCCCAGAGAAGAACUGGAAGCAUGGCAGUUGGACAGUGCCGGUCCGAAGGAUGAACUCAUGCAACGUUUGAUGACAAAUAUUAAUGCGCAACGUGAAGCGACUCCGCCUCUCGAACAGACGUCUUCAAUCAGCACAGGUGCGCCCGCGGUACAAUUGGACCCCGCCACGCUACAAAACCUGUCAGCUUUGCUUCAGCAUAUGCCACGCCCGACGACAACUCUAACUACGUUGUCGGAUCUGUCAUCAUCCAUACCACAGUUCGAAGACCCACGGAAGCAAAACGUUAAAAUGUGGUUGGAGGAUGUUCGCUGUGUCCAGCAACUUGCGUUUCGGGAGGACGCUACGACCCGCCUGAUUGCCGCAAGCAAGCUCAAAGGCGCUGCUCGUAAUUGGCACCUCGCGUUUGGAAGCCAGUUUGACACUUGGAAAACAUGGAGCGCAGCUCUUCAAGAAACGUUUUCUCCGGACUUGACCCUGAUCGAGUGGCAAAACCAAGUCAUGAAAGCGACUCAGGAACAUGGUCAGUCUCUCCAUCAGUACGCUUUUGCGAAGCUACGGGUCAUUGAACGCUGUCCUGUCACUCUCAGUGACGCGCAAAAAAAUUUACUACUUGCUUCAAGGUAUACGUGAGCAACACAUCUCCGCAGCCCUAGCAGCCAACAGGCCACAAACGGUCAAAGGCUUUAUCACGACCGGUUGCAGUCUCGACAAAUGUGCUUAUCAGCAAAACUACUCAAGUCCCUCAUCGUCGACAUCUGCACAACAGAAGCCUGCCACACAGUCGC